AUGUCCGCAUCUCCUACGGGCGAAUCCUCAGCUAAUACCAACUCCGCGAAUGGUAUCAAUCCAGCCGAUGAAAAACCGCGGUUAUCGGAACAUGAGAAGAAGGCUAAUCAUAUUGCUUCUGAACAGAAACGCCGUCUAGCAAUCCGCGAAGGCUUUGAUCGACUGGCAGAAUUGGUUCCUGGAUUGGAAGGACAAGGAAGAAGCGAAAGCGUAGUCUUGAAAAAAACUGUGGAUUAUAUACGGAUACAGUUAGAAGAAAGGCGCAUGUUGGUUGAAGAGGCUGAGGGUUUGGGGGUCGUCGUUGAAGAAUUGAAGAGGGAAGCACCUGAAGCGGGAACUGCAGGAUUAGCCAGUCGUGGGGCAGCAUGGGGAGAUGGAAGUGGUUAA